UACACCAAGUAUCAAAAUCCUCGCAACCCCUCAGCCCCGUAGCCAAGCCAGGUCUCCACAACCCCCAACCCUUUUUGGCCCUUCUUCCUUUCUCCCUCCCCAAUGCCCUCUCCAUCAAAAGCUAAAGCCUAAAGUAUAUUUUUUCUCUAAAGCCAAAAGGGAAAGCUAAAAAUAAGCCCCCCAACAUCACUCCCUCCCCUCCAAUCCCCCCAAAUUAAAGCAACCAUCACAACGAGCAUCAGUGAGCGUGAGAAAGAGAGAGAGAGAGUGAGAGAGAGUGAGAGAGACAGAAGAAACAAUGCUGGCCCAAAUCCCUCUCCUUCUCCUCCUGCUCUUCGGCCAAAUGUCUCUCCUGCCCGGCCUGCCCGUCCUGCCCGACCCCGACCCUGCCGCCAUCCAGCCGUCACUCAUCUUCCCCACCUCCUCCCCGCCCGCCACCAUCCCGGCGUUCCCCGAGCAGUCCGACGUCGCCGGCGCGGCCUGCCCCCUCGACCUUCCCGACGACCUCCUCCCCGCCGUCUCCGCCGCCUGCUCCGCCUCCGCCGCCGGCCGCCUCGCCUCCCGCUCCCGCUGCUGCCCGGCCCUUGCCGCCUGGCUCUACGCCGCCUACUCCGCCACCGCCCUCGCCGCGCGCCCCAUGCCCGCGCCACCCGCCCUCGAUCUCCCCAUACUGCCCGACGACUCCGAAGCUUGCAUCGGUGGCGUCGAGCGCGCCCUCCGCGACCGUGGCGUCCGCCUUCCUAGCGUCAACGGCACGUGCGACGCGGCGUACUGCUACUGCGGCAUCCGCCUCCGGAGGCUCACGUGCGCCGGGGGAGCGUCCGGCGCGGAGGGGCGGUGGGUACCCCCGGGAGACGCCUCGCGCCGCCUGGAGCGGUACUGCAGCCGGCCCGGCCUUGCCGGGUGCUCCCGCUGUCUUCGGACCCUGAACCAGCUGAAGAACAAAGUGGAGGGGGGUGGUAACGUGACCAAUGUAGGCAAGAGAGGGGCCGGGACUCGGAACCAGGAGUGCCAGCUCAUGGGGGUAACGUGGCUCUUGUCGAAGAAUCGGACCCGCUACCUCCCCGCCGUCACCUCCGUCCUCCGCGCCCUCAUGGCCGCCGACGCCACCGGCGCCGCCUCCGACCCCACGUCCUGCUCCCUCCCCCACGAUUCCAUGCCUCUGGCCGUCGACUCUGCCCAGAUCGACGGCCAGGCCGCCUCCUCCGCUGUCUUCCAAUCCCCGUUAACGUCGAACCCUCUCCGUCUCCUCAUAAUAAUUCCCUUAAUCCUCUCAUCUUUCUUCUAAUACUAAUGUCGUACCUCCAAAAAGAGAGAGAGAAAAAAAAAAACACUCGUCCUCUGUAAUUAUAUGUAAUCUAUUUUGUUGUAGGUCAUUAAAUCUCCCUUUCGAUUGCUAGUUAUCAUGGUUUCAUGUUCUAAGAAUCUUUGUAGGGUGACUGGGGCCUGCCAACAUGGGAUGUGGGGCCUCCUUGGUGGGUGCCUUGUGGAGUGCGAGUUGGUGGUGUGCACUGUUUUCGUAGACUUGGCAACCUUUUGGCAGACGCUUUGAGUGUUAUUGUUGGGUGGAGUUGGAUCUCAAUUCUGGGCUCUUUCGGCUGCUGCUUGAAAGGACAUGCCAUUUUAUAUUUGCUAGUAUCCGAGACUGGGUCCCUUGAAAUGUCCUGGACUUCAAUUUUUAAUUACGUGGGGACAUACCAAGUUGUUAUAUGUUGGUUUUCCAGUAUCAUGUUGCAUGCAGCAUGCAUUUGUAAUUACUCAGUACUGCAUGCCAUGCCAGUUGCAGUACGUCUAUUGGAUUGAUGAACCAAACAAAAUUUGCACCU